GGUAGCCCUCAGUUGUAUAAAUAACCAUUGCUAACAUACAUUUCAAUCACCAACCAGCUUUGUAUUUCCCAAGUUUCAUACAUUCUAUAUAUAUUCUCUGUGUUUAGUUUUUAUUUUUUAAAUAUUUCAGAUUUAAUUUCGUAAUAAUCAGAAAAUGGAUAACUCCAACAACAUGAGCUACCAAGCCGGCGAGGCCAAGGGCCAAGCUCAGGAAAAGGGAAACCAGAUGAUGGAGAAGGCUAGCAAUGCUGCGCAGUCAGCCAAAGAAUCCAUGCAGGAGGCUGGACAGCAGGCUCAGGCAAAGGCACAAGGUGCAGUUGAUGCUGUGAAGAAUGCCACUGGGAUGAACAAAUGAGCGACAAAGCUUCAUUAUUGUCUUUCAUAUGCCCUACCUUUUUUCUUACUUUCAUAAGUAGAAUAGUUACUGGUUUCCCAAUUCCCUUUCAUCUAUCCUAUGUUGCUUCUUAGUUUCAUUUUUUUUUUUCUUUUUCAAGUAGUUUCAUUUUGUUUGGGGACUCGGUCAGAUAAACGAAACGAUUGUGUUUCGUAAUCUUAGGGCAAAGGGAGGGUCACCACUAGCCACUAGAGGUGUAAAUCGGAUUUGAAUGGUUGAAUUCCACCGAUUUCGAUUCCAAUUUUCU